UCUAUUUCUCAAGAUCAUAAGCUGAAGCUUUUGCUUCCACAGCAGAAAAAACCAUGGCGGCCUCAUCUUCUUUCACCGUUUCUCAAGCCCUUGCUGGUCGCACUACCAUUUCCCAGUCUGGCUCCACCUCUAAUUCUGACCGUCUUGCUCUCCCCGGCUUCAAACUCAGCACUCUUGCCGGUCGAGGCAUCAAAUCCCAGUCUCUGCGUGCUGCUGGUUCUCGCAAACGCGUGAGUGCUCGAUCGUCAAUCCGUGCGGCUGCCGCGGAGACCCUCAGCAAGACCGAGACUGGUUUGGUAGACAAAUCGGUCAACACAAUUAGGUUCCUAGCGAUCGAUGCCGUCGAGAAGGCGAACUCUGGGCACCCUGGCUUGCCGAUGGGUUGCGCUCCAAUGGGUCACAUCUUGUACGAUGAGGUGAUGAAGUAUAACCCUAAGAACCCCAAAUGGUUCAACCGUGAUCGCUUCGUGCUCUCUGCUGGACAUGGCUGCAUGCUUCACUAUGCUCUGCUUCAUCUUGCUGGAUAUGACAGUGUUAAGGAAGAAGAUUUGAAGGCUUUCCGCCAGUGGGGAAGCAAAACUCCUGGACAUCCUGAGAAUUUUGAGACACCUGGAAUCGAAGUCACCACAGGUCCUCUUGGCCAGGGUAUAUGCAAUGCUGUUGGGCUGGCUCUUGCAGAGAAGCACUUGGCUGCUCGUUACAACAAACCUGACUCUGAGAUUGUCGACCAUUACACAUAUUGUAUAAUGGGGGAUGGUUGUCAAAUGGAAGGGAUCUCAAAUGAAGCUUGCUCCCUUGCUGGGCAUUGGGGACUUGGUAAGUUGAUUGCUUUCUAUGAUGACAACCACAUCUCCAUCGAUGGAAACACAGAGAUUGCAUUCACUGAGAGCGUGGACAAACGUUUUGAGGGUCUUGGUUGGCAUGUGAUUUGGGUAAAGAAUGGUAACACUGGAUAUGAUGAAAUCCGUGCGGCCAUCAAGGAAGCAAAGGCUGUCAAAGACAAACCCACUUUGAUCAAGGUCACUACUACCAUUGGUUAUGGGUCCCCUAACAAGGCAAACUCAUAUAGUGUACACGGGAGUGCUUUGGGGGCUAAAGAAGUGGACGCCACAAGGAAGAACCUUGGGUGGCCACAUGAGCCUUUCCAUGUUCCUGAGGAUGUGAAGAAGCACUGGAGCCACCAUGUUGCUGAAGGUGCUGCUCUUGAAGCUGAAUGGAAUGCCAAGUUUGCAGGGUAUGAGAAGAAAUACAAGGAGGAAGCUGCAGAAUUGAAGACCAUUAUGAAUGGUGAAUUGCCUGCUGGUUGGGAGAAGGCUCUUCCAACUUACACUACCGAGAGCCCUGCAGAUGCCACCAGAAAUCUAUCUCAGCAAUGCCUCAAUGCGCUUGCAAAAUCUCUCCCUGGUCUACUUGGUGGUAGUGCAGAUCUUGCAUCCUCCAAUAUGACCUUGAUGAAGAUGUUUGGGAACUUCCAAAAGAACACCCCAGAGGAGAGGAAUGUCCGAUUUGGUGUUAGGGAGCAUGGCAUGGGUGCCAUCUGCAAUGGCAUUGCACUCCACAGCGGCCUUAUUCCCUACUGUGCCACCUUCUUUGUGUUCACUGACUACAUGAGGGCUGCAAUGAGGAUCGCAGCCUUGAGUGAGGCUGGAGUGAUCUAUGUCAUGACCCACGAUUCGAUUGGUCUUGGAGAGGAUGGCCCAACCCAUCAGCCUGUUGAGCAUUUGGCUAGCUUCAGGGCCAUGCCUAACAUUCUGAUGCUCCGACCUGCAGAUGGAACUGAGACUGCUGGUGCAUACAAGGUUGCAGUUUCCAACAGGCAUAGACCCUCAAUCCUGGCCCUGUCCCGUCAAAAGCUUCGCCAGCUCCCUGGAACAUCAAUUGAAGGAGUUGAGAAGGGAGGAUACACUGUAUCAGACAACUCUUCAGGGAACAAGCCAGAUUGCAUCUUGAUGGGUACUGGUUCUGAAUUGGAGAUUGCGGAAAAGGCUGCUGAAGAUCUCCGGAAGGAAGGGAAGGCAGUCCGGGUUGUCUCCUUUGUAAGCUGGGAAUUGUUUGAUGAGCAAUCAGAUGAAUACAAGGAGAGUGUCCUCCCAUCUGCUGUCACGGCCAGGGUAAGCAUUGAGGCAGGAUCAACUUUUGGAUGGGAGAAGUUUGUGGGUCCCAAGGGGAAGUCAAUUGGAAUUGACACAUUUGGAGCAAGUGCACCUGCAGAUAAAAUAUACAAGGAAUUCGGUAUUACAGCUGAAGCUGUCGUUGCAGCAGCCAAAGCAAUGUGCUGAGCCUUUUUUAUUAGUUUGCAUUUAUUUCACUACCGUAUUUUAUUUGGCAUUUGGAUUUUGAUUCCAGGGUUACUAAGUUUGAAGGGCCUAGUCUGGAGGAGAGCUUUGAGUCAGUAAAUGACCUCUUGUUUUAGAAUAAGAACCUUGAAUUUUUU